UUCAUUUGUCAUUUUGGCAUUUUUUUGUCGUACAUUUUUUUUUAUUUAAUUUUGAAAACUUUCAAAUUUUUGUUUCUUUUUCUCGUCAAAAAAAAUUAAUUAUUUUCAUUGGUUAAAAAUGCUCAUAAAAUUUUUAAGUUUUCUUCACAUUUUCCUAUUGGUCACGACCAAAAAUAUAUCUUUUGCACAAACAGAAAAUUUACAAGAAAUUCAAUUGACAGAUGAUUAUAAAAAUUCACUUUCUUUCAUCGAGACAAAAAGUAAGUGUAAUUAUGAAGAUUCUGGACGCAGAUUUACUAAUGAAAUAAAUAAUAUUGGAAAAUGUAUGAAUCCAUUCUAUAAUAAUGAAGAAUCGAUUGAUAAUAAUGUUGAUGUUGAGAAAAUUGCCAACAAAAAUGACGAAAGAAGUUUAAUUGCAUUGGAAAUUGAAAACUAUUAUGAUGAGAAUAACGACGAUUAUCCACAAAUUUGUUCCUAUAAUAUAAAUCCAACAUUUGAUGAAAUUUGUCCUUUGAACAAAGACGAUUAAUAAUUUAAGAAGAAGGAUCUUGAUUGUUGAAAAUAUUCAUCCGAUUUGGUAUUUCUUCAUAGUCGAAUGUAAUUCUGUAAAAAUAUAUAAUUAUGGAAAAAUAUGAAUAUAAAAAUACAAAUAUAAAAACAUAAAUAUAAAAAUAUAAAUAUAAAAACAUAAAUAUAAAAAUAUGUAUAUAAAAAUAUAAAUUUAAAUAUAAAAAUAAAAAAAUAUAAAUUUAAAAA